GCAGGCUCGGCGGGGGAACCGCCGCGCCCGCAGCGCCGAGGCGCGCUCCGUGCCCGGCACGGAGGGCGACUACGUGGUAACGGACGUGAAGAUCCUCCUCAGCAACAGUCGUUCAAGGACGGCUCCCUGCGACCCAGAAGCCGAGCAGGAAACCCAUUGGACGCACAUGACGGCGGUCCCCGCCGCGUGGCCUCUGGAGACGGUCCUCGAUGCCUGGCUGCACACGGCAUGCUUGCGCUACAAUUACAAUCAUGCAUAUUACCAGAACUCCUUGGACUUGCUGGAGCAGCACCUCACGGAGCUCUGGGAGCCGAAGGCGAAGCCGAACCUCGUGGCGGAGCUUUUGCAGCGCGGCCCGCAGCAGCUCGCAGAGAAGCUUCUUCAGCGAGGCCGAGCCGAGCUGCCGCGGUGCAGCGUGCAGUACUUCACCAGCGAAGGCUUGGUGCGAUGGAAUGGUGGGUGGAACAUUUCCGAUUGGUCUUGGCUGGAGGCUGCUUCUCAGCGCCUGGCCCAGCGCCUGAUGGCCGUGGAGGACAGCGCCGCGGAGGAGGCGAAGAAGCGGCGGCGAGUGGAGGAGGACAUUUCCGCUGCACACGAACUGCAAAAAGCCAAGGAAGAGGCUGCCCGCCUCGCAGGUUGCUUGCAGGAGGCGGAAUCGGAGGUCCGAGCAUCAAAGGACGAAGUGGCCCAGCACAAAGAGCGAUGCGGACAGCUCGAGGCUCGUGUGCUUGCUUUGGAGGCUGGCGCAGCAGAGACUGUCGUGCAGCUCCGAGCUUCGGAGACGGAGCGCGAGCAGCUCGCGGAGCGCCUGGCUUCUGCGGAGGCCUCGGCUUCCGACAAGGUGGUGGAGCUCCAGCAAGCUCACGAUGAGAUCACCACGCUCGAGCAGCGGGUGGCAGCAGCAGAGGCCGCAGCUGCGGAAAGCCAGGAUGAGCUCAGCAAGGUUCAAAGCGAGAAGAGGGCGUGCGAGGAGCGGUGCCAGCAACUCGAGAGCCGCUUGGCCAAGGAUCCUGCAGGAGGCAAUACGGAGCUGAAGACCUUGCUGAUCGAGAAUGCAAAGUACGAGGAGCGAUGCGAGCAGCUCACGCAGCAGCUUGCCAAGGCGGAGACGAAGUUGGAUCAGAUGCAGACGCUCUGGGAAGAGAAGGGCAAGUGCCAAGUGGAGGCUGCCACGUACCAGGAGCGUUGCCGCUUGCUGGAGCAGCUCACUGAGGCCAAGGAGCACGCCUUGCACAUGAGCAGCCGAUUGUUCGCAUAUCCAACUUUCGCACGCCAUGGCCCAGCCUCCGGCGUAGAAGCUUCCAGGAGCCCUGAGUCGAACGCCUCUGACUCCCUGGGCUACAUCCUGGUAGAGGACGCCUCAUCCGUGCUGAGCCGCUCCUCCUGGUUCUCGGUCCAGCCUCACUGCUUCAUGCUGGACGCCAUCUUCAAGACUCGCAGCUAUGGGGUGGACUUCUUCUUGAUGGGCCGCGACCUAAAGAAAGGCUCCCGAGUUGUGGCUGGUGAUGAUGAAGCAAUCUUGGAGGUCGCCAAGAAUCCAGAGAUCAGCAAGGCCACCGACAUCGUCCGCUUGCAAGCGGGAGCCGCGAUUUUGCAGGUGACGCAAGACCACCUGGUGCAGGUGCCUGACCUGAAAAGCCUGGAGGAGGGAGUGGCGGAUGUGACGGAGGUGAAGGCGGGAGUGGGCAUCGCAAAGUACGUCGCAGCUGGCACCUUGAAGGAGGGUGACUUCGUGAUGCUCGACUCGGGCGAGCCUGUGGCCCUCACAAGCGUGGAGUCCUGGUGCACAGACUGCGCGGACUUCGAGGUGCUGAAGAUCGUCUUUGAGCCUGACCUCCCCGUGGCCUGUUUCGCCUGCCCGCCCUGCAUCCUCAGCAAGGGGCACCCGAACUUUCGCACUCGCCGGGGAGGCAUGUGCGGACACCAGACAUGUACCAGACCGCUGACAGCAGCUCCAUCCCCGUCACAGCCAGUUUGUGGACGGAUCCUUUGA